AUGAAGACGCCUUUGGGCUGCAGCUGGGACAGCCCCCCCGGGAGCGUGGAGCCAGGCCCUGCCUUUGCUCUGGGCGAGCUGGCCGCUAGAGGGAAGCGGGGGGCGGCGGGGCUGGCAGCGCGGAGCCCCAACGCCAGCGCCGGUCGCUUCCCCCCUACGUGCGGCCCUUGCCAGACUCAGCCGGGAACCGUUUGCGCGCGAAUAAAGGCAGAACCAGUGCCCUGGGUUGUGGUUUUUUUGUUUGGGGUUGGGCAGCCACAGCAGGUUGUGGGCAGGGCUGGGGAGGAAAAGCCGACCGUGUGGGGCGCCCGGCCCCGCGGUGCCCGAGGAAUGGGGAUCCCUGGGCAGCUGCCGCCCGGCCCCUUUAAGCGCAGGCCCCUCCCGGCCGCCGCCGCCAUCGCCAUCAUGCUGUGCCUGCUGCUGACCGUGCUCGCCCAUCUCUUCCCGGCGGCCUGCGGCGGCGUGCACGAGCGCACCUUCGUGGCCGUGAAGCCCGAUGGCGUGCAGCGGCGGCUCGUGGGAGAGAUCGUGCGGCGCUUCGAGCGCAAGGGCUUCAAGCUGGUGGCGCUGAAGCUGGUGCAGGCCUCGGACGAGCUGCUGCGCGAGCACUACGCCGAGCUGCGCGAGGGCCCCUUCUAUGGCCGGCUGGUGGACUACAUGGGCUCGGGACCGGUGGUGGCCAUGGUGAGUGCCGGCCGCGGGCGGGCGGGACCGACCGAAGGCCGGUGCAUUGAGUCCCGCCAGCCCGCGCGCAGGUGUGGCAGGGGCUGGACGUGGUGCGCGCCUCGCGGGCGCUCAUGGGGGCCACCGACCCGGCCGACGCCGCUCCCGGCACCAUCCGUGGGGACUUCUGCGUCGAGGUUGGCAAGUAAGGCGGUCCGAGCGCGCGCCCAGCCCCUGCCACGCCCCAGCAGCCGCUGGCGCUCAUGCAGCUCUCCCGCAGGAACGUGAUCCACGGCAGCGACUCGGUGGAGAGCGCCCGCCGCGAGAUCGCGCUCUGGUUCCGCAGCGAAGAGCUGCUGCGCUGGGAGGACAGCGCCGGGCACUGGCUGUACGAGUAGCCGCCCGGCCCUGCGGGCCCCUCCA